AUGAUGGUUGAAACGGAAAUUCAUCCCGUUCAUUAUUACCCGGAUUUGGCAGUUAUCGAAACUGAGCCCCAUAUCAUCGUUGAACCAACAAAACUCGUCACAAUCCAUCCAACGCCUCUCGAUGCCCUCACGUCGAUCGAUCAUCUCAUUGUCCAUCAAAAAGCCGACAAGCUCGAAGCAAUUUCUGGCUACGAAACACAAAAUAAAUACGCGAUUUUUCAUCCGUCGGGUCAGCAACUUUUUUUCGCUGCCGAAGACAGUGAUUGGUGCAUGCGAAUGUGUUACGGCAAAGGACGUCCCUUCGAAAUGUCGAUUAUCGAUGUGCAGCAUCAUCAAGAAGUCAUUCACAUUUCGCGCCCUUUUCGAUGCGGUUUGUUCUGCUUCAACGAGUGCAAACACGAAAUUGAGAUUUUUUCACAAGGAGUUGCCAUUGGGAGUGUCAGGCAGAAUUUUAGCUGGUUUUAUCCGAAUUUCAGCGUGAAAAAUGAGGUUGGAGAGACAGUUUUGAAAAUUACGGGACCUUGUAUUCAGGCAAGUUGCGGCGGCGACGUGGAUUUUUCGAUUAUGACACGUGAAGGUUAUGAAAUUGGGAAGAUUUCGAAAAAAUGGUCGGGAUUUGCGAGAGAAAUGUUUACGGAUGCGGAUAAUUUUGGAAUUAAUUUUCCGAUGGAUUUGGAUGGGAAGAUGAAGGCUGUGUUGAUUGGAGCUCUGUUUUUGAUCGACUUCAUGUGCAAGAUUAUGAUUUGGUGUUAUUUCGUUUUGAAUCUCGUACUUUUUGUUACUGCAUCGCCCCCUUGCGGGCUGUACGGGCAACCGCCAUGCAAAUUUCUUCCCGCCAUGCCAGGUAGCACGCCCUCUUGUGCCAGUCCCGGAAGUACUUAUUGCGAAAAGAUCAAAGAUUAUCCCGUUCAAGUGAUCAAGAGUCUUUUGCAAACUGUGGAUUUUCAAGGCAUGAUAGUUGAUGAGACUUUUGACGAGUUUUAUUCUUAUACGAAUGUGCAUAAGCCAGAGCAUCAUAGUUAUGGACCGCCAAUGUAUAAUUAUGUUCCUCCUCCGACGACGACAAAAAGACCUGAAGGAUAUACGUAUGGACCGAGAACGCAUUAUGGAGAUGCGGGAAGUUAUAAUCACGGGAGGAAUUUGAAUUUUAUUUUUGGACCAACGCAGAGUCAAGGUCGCUAUUACAAUCAAAACUCGAACAACAUCAACCAUAAUCGAUAUUAUCGCAGCAUUCGACACCACAGGAGUCCAAAAAACAUCACAAACGAUGAUUUUUAUCAUUCCAACUUCACCAAAAGUCGAUCAAAACGUCAACUUGCCUUUGGCCGAGAACAAUUGUGUCAGGUUCGCACUCAAUUCGUUAAUCCGCAAGCAGCACUGAGCACACAAGGCGACUGGAAAUAUGUGAUUAAUCAAGGACAGCAGGCAACGCAAUUGGUUAAGACAGAAGUGUGCGCAUCGUCCAUAUGUUCGAAUUUGUGUCAACUGCCAAAUGGAUACAGCUCACGAUGCGAACAGAAAUUCGUACAGAAACGCUUAGUGGCACUUGAGACAACGGGUCAACGGCUUUACACAGACACAUUUUGGUUUCCCAGUUGUUGUGUCUGUACACUUUCCAACGACAUCAACAAUUAA